AUGGGUCUCCGCUAUAUCGUGAAAGGAUCCUCGACCCUCCGAGUGCCACUCAUCCUACCACACAUAGUGCAUACGAUACUCGCGAUGCGUGUCGGUGUACGAACCCGCACAUACGCGUCACAAUUCUCGAUUUUCGUGAUCCUCUUUGUGAUCGACGCGGGUUGCAUGUGCGUUUGUCCUCGACUGUACAAGCAUUCUCGCAUGGGAGAAUGGCGGCGACGUCAAUUAAGCAGACGGAAGUGGAGGAGAGGGUCGGCGUCUUCAGCCCCGAAAUCCCCAGCCGAAUCGCAGCCCCGGCGCGACGCCCUUCAAAUUCAUCAGAGCGCGACGCGUCGUUCGCCCUCGAAGCCUUCGAGUGUCCGGAUGUCGUCACCGCAGCCGUCACCAACGUCGCCGCCGCCCGCAUCGAGCCAGCCAUCCGUGUCGCACAACGGAAGGAAGGCAAAAAUCCGGCGACAAAAGAUCCAGUCGCGACCCAGGCUCGAGAGAUCUCCUCCGAUCUAUCUCGAGCCGCGACGGGAAGGAAGAAAAAGAAGGGCAAAAGAGAGAGACAUGGGUUGA